AUGGACCAAACAUGGGCAGAAUGGCACCAUAUGAUCGAAGACAUAGGAGGAAACACAGGAAACACAGGAAAUCCAGAGGCUUCAAGCUCACCCAUCCAGUUUACACGGGCAGAGGACCAACUUCCACCACCUCCAUCCAACAUCCCACUGAUCCCAUGUCUUGAGAGCGUCCAUCAUGUGUUCAUGCAAUUGUUAAGGGUCGAUGUACGUUUGCUGAUUUGGCCAGCGGCCUGGUUCCCAGAGGAUGGCCGACUCUGCCCCCUUUGGCUCCGGCCUUGGAUUCAAUUUCCUCAGCUCCAAGAAGGGAUGUGGGACAAGAUCCUCGGCGCUUCCGACCUUGUCAAUGCGUGCAUUUUUCCCCCACAAGCCUCCGUACGAUACACUGCUCAGCUUCUGCAAUGGUACUCGGUGCAUUCGGAAGACACAUUGAAGCAAUUUGCGCACAGAACACUGGACGAUUUCCUCGGGAUGAUUAUUAAUUUUAUAGAACAAAAGGACACACUGCGAUACAGGUUCAGUGUUCGCGGACAAUUGAACUUCGACCGCCCGCAUGAUUGCUGCGUUGCUGUUGCGAAAUUCGGAUUCGAAGAGCCGGCGUACGCAGUUUUGUAUAUUCCAUCGUUUUGUCUGACGGUGCCCGAACUGGUUGCAGGCGAUUGUUCGAGUCUAUUCAAGAAUGAUUUGCUCUGGACGCCGCGUUGUCGAAUACUAUCUCUGAGUUCCCAGCAAGACGUCGGGUCUCAUGGCUAUAAUCCGCAUUCAAACUGGGUUUGCCGUACGGCUUUGGGCCAAGUCCUCGCUUUCGCACUGCAAUCUUUAGAUUCCACUCCACCAUCGCAGGAAUGGCAAGAUGCAGUUUAUCAAUCUUAUCGCCCUCUCAAAGGUGAUUACUCAAUACUCAUGCCCCAAGCCCCGGAUGACCUUCGACUCAGCCCACCAGCGGAGUUCAUGUAUGAAAACUCAUUCUGGCCGAGAUUCUGGGGCAAUCUUCUGCAUACAAACAUACCAAAGGGGGAUCCUGGAGGCUCCGGUCCACAGCCCUCUGAACAUGCCUCCGGGGCACCUUUGAAAAGGAUCUUUUGGAUCAAAACUGUCCGAACGCUGAUCGGCACGGUGUAG